AUAAGAAUACUAUAAGUAGGAAAAUUUAUGGGGGAAGGGGUGGCAAAUGAAAACGUUAGAUUGUCAUGAUUAGAGAGUUGGGAUUUAUUUUGUUAAAAGAACAAGGAUCAAACUUUCAAAGAGUUUGGAAUCACGGUUGCCACUAAAAAAAAAAAAAAAAGAAGAAGAAAUAAUAUACAUAUAUAAUUAGGAAUUAAAAAUUAAAAAAAUAAAAGACUACAAUCGGAGACGAUCAUCUUCAGAUUUCCCAAACAUCGGUUGAUCCCGAAACCCAAUCAAUCAACACCCACAAACAUAUAAAUACCUCGAUUGGAUCGGAAACAAAUAUAAAUUCAAUUUCUAUAUACACACAUAAAUAUAUAAUAUAUACACACACAAAUCUAUAUCUAUAUGCGAUAUGGAGCCUCCUCCUUUCCAAGAAGCAGCGCGCUGCGACGUCUGCAAAUGCAGCUUCAACACCUUCCGGCGACGGCAUCAUUGUCGAUGUUGUGGCAGGACAUUGUGCCAUGAACAUUCCUCAAAUCAAAUGGCUCUACCACAAUUUGGCAUUCACUCGCCUGUCAGAGUUUGUGCCGAUUGUUUUAAUGACUCCUCAAGACCUGGGAAAGACAACAUACGAGCUUCUAUAAGGGAAGCUGAUUCUGUAACAGAUGGGGUUUCUAGUUUAACCAUCGACGAUGAUGUAAAAAUGAAAACUGAGCCAACUGCAGAAUAUCAACCUGUGUCGGGUGUUGUAGAGUGUAAGUGUGGAAUGCCUCUAUGCAUCUGUGAAGCUCCAGCCCCAUCCGUGGAUGAACUUCCCGUCCAGAAGCCCUUAUCCACCUCUGUCCCACAGUCAAAUCCAAAACCAAAGAAAAGUGAAACCGCUUUCAAGAAUAAAGGUUCAACUUCGAAUAGCAAGCCUAGUUCUUUGUUCAAUCGUGGUCAAGCGUACAAUGGCACCUCAGAUAAUUCUCAGAUGAAUUACGAAUCCAAUGGGGAGGGAUUGAGAGAAGCGAUAAAGAAUGGUGACACUGCUGCAGUCAAGAAGCUUCUGAGUCAGGGUGUGGAUGCAAAUUACCAUGACAAGCAAGGGUCGUCUUUGUUACAUCUGGCGGCAGUUUUCAAUCAAACUGAGAUAGUUUUCACACUCAUGGACAGUGGAGGCAGCCUGUACUACAAGAACGCUCAGGGGGAAACUCCACUGGACUGUGCUCCUGUUACUUUGCAAUAUAAAAUGCGAGAGAAGAUGAAGCAGAAUGAGCAGUUUGGCCAGCUAUAGAACCGAGAGUUCUCAUGCUGACGGUCUUUGCAACUUCAAGCUACUUAUGGAAUUCUUCUGUUUCCUCUUAUGAAAAUGUUUGAAAAACUGAUUGACAUGCAUUUGCAUUAUGUAAGAAUCAAAGUUAAAAGCACUCGGGUACAAAUUCAUGGGAGUCACAAUAAAGAUAUCCUUACUUUACAGUAGUUCCCUUUAAAAAAAAGAAAAUAAUAAAAAAUAAUAAAAAUAAAAAAGGGGAGAAAAACGCUUUCUUUAUAUCAGCUUUGCUCGUGCAGAUAAGAUUGAACAUAUGCGCAUAUGCAAUAUGCUUUCCUUCCCAAUCGAAGAAAUUAGACCAUGUAGCAGUCAAUGUAAUCGUCAGCACCUUUUGUUUCAAAAUUUGCAGGCUGUGAAAAUAUCAAAAGCUGGUCAGAGCUACUGUGGAUGACGAUGAUGCUAGAAUCAUGGAUAAGUCUCGAUCUUUCUUCGAGUUUUUUUUCUUUUAAUUAUCUUUCUAGGGAGGGGGAAGUUGGGCAGGACGUGUUCAAUGAUGUUUAUACAUGUGUUUUUAUGAUUGUCUGAGCCACAGUGAUAUUGGUUUUGUCUUGGAAAUUUCUUUUAUUUUCAUAAAGUAAUGGAAAUGAUGGUGCAUUUGUGGGAUCUGACUAGGAUGGUAUUGAAUUAACACGCUUGCCAUUGGCUCAUGCU